AUGGGGAGCUAUUCCAGACGGGCAGCUUGGGGGCAGUGGUCUCCUCCCCGGCAGCAGGUGCAGCUGCCCACGGCUCUGCUCAGCCUCACAGGCCCUGGGAGCCGUGGGGAAGCCGGAAGGGCGGCCAGCCUCGGCCUCCUCGCUCAGGCCUGUUGUUUCUCCACUUUCCUUCUCCAGGGACUUCCAGGCCCUAAAGGGGAAAAGGGUGUACCAGGAGACUUUGGCCCCCGGGGAGACCAAGGGCAAGACGGAGCUGCCGGACCUCCAGGGCCCCCUGGACCGCCUGGGGCCCGGGGCCCUCCUGGAGACACUGGGAAGGAUGGCCCCCGGGGAGCACCAGGCCAGGCGGGCCCCAGAGGAGAGCCCGGACGUGACGGCGAGACGGUCAGGCCCCAGGGACCCCCAGGGCCCGAGGCGAGUCCCGCCGUGCCUGGGAAGAAGGGGGUUGACGGCACGCCAGGCUGGCCAGGACUCCCCGGACCCCCCGGGCCCAAGGGCGAGCCAGGGAGUGCGGGGCCCCGAGGAGAGAACGGCGUGGACGGCGCCCCGGGCCUCAAGGGGGAGCCCGGCCACCGAGGCCUGGACGGAGCGGCGGGGCCCCGGGGUCCCCCAGGCCUCAAGGGUGAGCAAGGCGACACAGUGGUGAUCGACUACGAUGGCCGGAUCUUGGAUGCCUUCAAGGGUCCCCCUGGGCCACAGGGGCCCCCAGGGCCACCAGGGAUCCCUGGAGCCAAGGGCGAGCUUGGACUGCCGGGUGCCCCAGGAAUCGAUGGAGAGAAGGGUCCCCGAGGACCAAAAGGAGACCCAGGGGAGCCCGGGCCCACUGGACUCAAAGGGGAAGCAGGCGAGAUGGGCUUGUCCGGACUCCCGGGCGCCGACGGCCCCAAGGGGGAGAAGGGGGACUCGGCGUCCGACAGCCUGCAGGAGAGCCUGGCCCAGAUCAUAGUGGAGCCAGGACCCCCUGGCCCCCCCGGGCCCCCAGGCCCCAUGGGCCUUCAGGGAGUUCAGGGUCCCAAGGGCUCGGAUGGAGCCAAGGGAGAGAAGGGCGCAUCUGGCGAGAGAGGCCCCGGCGGCCUGCCUGGGCCAAUUGGCCCACCGGGCCUUAUCGGUCUGCCAGGAACCAAAGGAGAGAAGGGCAGGCCCGGGGAGCCAGGACUAGACGGCUUCCCUGGACCCCGAGGGGAGAAAGGUGACCGGAGCGAGCGUGGAGAGAAGGGAGAUCGAGGGGUUCCCGGCCGGAAAGGAGUGAAGGGCCAGAAGGGUGAACCGGGACCGCCGGGCCUGGACCAGCCGUGUCCUGUGGGCCCCGAUGGGCUGCCCGUGCCUGGCUGCUGGCACAAGUGACCCCCAGACCCAGCUCACACCUGUACAGAUCUGUGUGGACGUUUUUAAUUUUUGUAAAAACAAAGCAGUAAUAUAUUGAUCUUUUUUCAUGGGAUGUGCCACCUGUGGCCUUUUCGCAUUUGCGAGUGUGCCCACCCGCCCAGCACCAUCAGCACGUGAAGCUACAGGAAUGCGGACAGGCCGACCUGGGGCCAGCUCGCCCCGAGGGCCCCCGGGGGCUUGGCUUUCCCAGGAAGGAGACGAAGGUGGACGCUCCUGCUCGGGACAGGCUGCAGAGGUCCCGGCUGGGCCUGCGGUCGCCUGAGCAGUGCAGAGACUCGCAGCUGUGGGGCUGCCCUGCAAGAGCCGCCCCUCGGAGCUCUGGAGCCCCCCGGGACACACCCCCGCCAAGAGUGCCCAGGGCUUGGCAAUAGCUACAGCCGGACCCAGCCACAGCCGGCUGCCCACACGCUCGGACCCCCAGACGAGACUCCCGCCAAGCACCUGCAGCUGGCCCUGGGGUGCAGUCGGCAGAAAGCACCGAGGGUCUAGCUCCCACCCAGUUCGGGAGGCCUCAGGACACCAGCUGCCACGAGAAUACAUGUCCUGUGGCCAAGAGUAGUGGCCAAGCUCUGUGACUGCUGUCGUGGAUGGAGGGUCCCAGGCUGGACUGGCUGCCACUUCCUGUCCCCGUGUCUGCAUCAGAGCACAGACGGGACGGGGCUUCUCCUGGCCUGAGCAGCCAGGCCUCCAGUGCAGAGUCUGGGCCCACGUCUCCCACCCGUGGCUCCGGCCAGCCCGCCGGAAAUGGUUCUCCUGGUGAGUUGUGCAGACAAGGCGAACCUCAGGGCCGGUUCCCUGCUGGCCUGAGCAAGGCGGCUGCGGCCAGAGCUGCCCACGCUCUGACAAGAGGCUGUCCCACCUGUCGCAGGCAUUCCCAGCAGCCAUCUCUGUCCCAGCCACGCACCUCCCAUGUCUGUGUAGACGGCUGUCGCUGCGCGUAAUAAACCACAAGUGUGUGUCUGGACGUGCCUGUCCUUGUGGACUGCCCCGGGUGCCCACCUCCGGCUGGGGUUUCAUCCUGGCCAUUGCUGCGUGGGGGCUGGGGGGAAGGGGACUCUCUCCCUGGGUCAGAGCCAUCCCGGAAACCAGAGGAAGCAGUUCAGGAUCGAGGCAAAGACAGCAUUUGGAGUUAGGAAGAUGCAGGCUCAAGACCUGGCCCCUCCACAAGCAGCACUUCUUGUCACCGAGCCCCCGUGCGUUCCUCCGUGUUGGUUACCAGACUGCUGCGUAACAAAUCACCCCAAAACUUGUCGCCAAGAAACAAUGAUCAUAGCUGUUUCUUACAGUUCUGGGGGUCAAGUUCUCCCACAUCUGAUGGUUGACACUGAAGUAGCUGGGGCCUCAGAUGACCAGACCACCUACCGGUGGCUUCUUCACAGUGGCUGGAUUCCAAGCCACCUGGGAAUGUCCCAGGUGGACCAGGUGCAAGCUGGCCAAGCCUCAGGGGUCCUACGGCGUCACUUUCUACCAGAUUAGAGGGGAGGGAGAUAGACCCCACCUCUCGAUGGGGAAGUAUCGACAGGGUACUUUAAGGAGAGAAUGUGGAGUACAUCUCGCUGUGGCCAUCUCAGCAAAUGCAGCCCGCACUCACCGUGAGCUGGGGUGGCGAUUUUUACCCUCAGCCUGCGGCUCAGCGAGGCUCCGCUGCACGAAACACAUGAGAACCUAGGACGGGUCAGGCACCCACGAGCGCCCGUGAUUCUGGUUUUUCUCUCUCCUCCCAACGCCAAGACCAAGCGAGGGCCACAGUCUAGCAAAGCAGUUCCGCAUUUCCCAUCACAGCUGGCUCUUACAACCCUAACAGAGGGACCCAUUUCACAGAUGGUAAAACCAAGCACAUCCAGGGUGGUGUAGACAAGAAAGGGUUUGCAACGACGGUGUCUCUGACAGUAACUGUGCAUCCCCCUAGAAGUGUCUAAGGACAGGCCUGAGAAGGGCCAACGUGUGGGCAGUCCCCACAGACCUCUGCCACACGGCCCCCUUGCUAAGUAGAAGAGGCUCUGCCACACACUGGCUAAGGAGGGAGGAAUAUGUGAAGACCCUCCUCUGCCUCCCUAAGGAGCUGGCAGUGAGUGGCAGGCCAGCCAUCUGGGUCACCAGGGAAGCCAGUAGUGGGGAAAGGAAGAGGGACACAGUGGGACUGUGAGGACUGAUGGAGCUCACUGCGUGUCAACACCUGUAGGGUGCCAGCAUAGCUUCACAAAUCUAUGCACUCUACAGUUUGCAUGCAGUUCCCUCCUCCCUCCACCCAGGAACCUCACUUGACCCCCUCGCCAACCCUGUCAAGAAUGGGGCCUAUGUGAUAGGUGUCAAUAUUUCCAUUUUACAUAUGGGAAAACUGAGGCUCAGAGGUGGUAGUCACCUGCCCAGGGAUGCACAGCCAGGAUGUAGUGGCAGGCUUGGGACUGGACCCAAGCUCUCGGAUAUCCUCUGAUCUCUUUCCAAAAUUGUUUGGCAGGGCAUUGAAUCUGAUAGACAGCCCCAUGACACUGGGUGACUGGCAGGGAGAUCCUUGGGGGCAGGGGGUUAGAAGCCACAUGUUCCCCCGUUUCCCCAGUCAUCUGAGAGGGUCUCUGUCCUGCUCCUUUGGUCAAGAUGGGGCCUUCUUGGUCCAUUGCUGCCCCCCUGUGGCAUCAUACCUUAUAUCCUCAGGCCUGCAAACUUUUCAACUGCAAACUUCAACAUUUAGAGCCUGCUGAGUCCUCAAAGAGACUGGGGUGAGGACAGAGAGACAAAGAGGAGUUGGUGACUUGCUCAGGGUCCCCGCUGACACACUGGGGAGUGCCCUGCCUCACAGCUGAGCCCGAAGGAGUAGAGAGUCUCAGGUCUGCAGCCAGGAAGGGCAGCUCAGCCUCAAACUACCCCCUUCCAGAAGACAGAAACUGAGCCCCGCUGUGUGCCAUGACAGCUAGAAUAGUCUCGAGGACAACUAUCCCCUGGUACAGAUAAAUCUGUGGCCGGACAAAACUGGGCUUACCCAUGUCUCCUUCUUGGUCCCUCCUAGGAGAUCGCUAAAAAUGCACAGGAUGCUUUUGGUUGUCACAAUGAUUGGGGGACACUCCUGGCAGUGGAGGGAGGGAUAUCAAACACCCGCAAUGCAUAGGACAGUCCUACCCAAUGAUGACUCAGCUCAAAAAGAAGGCCAGCGCCACCCCCGAUGAGAAACACUAUGCCCUGGGUUCAAAUCUUGGCUCAGCCCUUCCAGCCAUCCCCCACUCCCUCGGCCUCCACUGCUGCCUUGAGACCAUGGACGGAGGAGUGCUCAGCAGGGCACCCAGGCAGGAGUGGGGGGCCUUUCCGAGCAGGAGGAAGGUGAAGCCUCCUGGUGUUACACCGCUCCUGCUACAGACACUCUUGGCCCGGGAAAUGGCCCGGCCUGGUCUGACUUGCAACUAUAUUGCCUCUCAACCAUGGACGUCUAGGAGCAGGUGCGAUGUUAGCUGGGCCCAGCUGCAGCCUUCUCACCCGCUACCCCGAGGCAGGAAAACCGCCUAAGCCAACGUGAAUUCUCUGAGCUGCCCUGGGCCACAGCUGUGGCUGGAGUUUGAGUUGCAAGAUGGGCCCCAAACAGGACUCUCAGAUUCCCUCUGCACACGGCCACACCACACAUUAUAUUACAAGCUGGAACCACAGAGCAUAGAAGCACCAUGGUCUCUCCACCAAAGCAGAGAAGACAACACACCAAGAAAGCAAGGACCGCUGUCCCACCCACACGCACAGCCUUGACCCUCAGAAAAGAAGUACAGGCCACAAGGAAUUAACCUCUCUGUUAAUUUGGGAGGAAUGUUUUCGAUAGUCAUCUAAAAGGUUCAGUUCAGCUUUACAAUUGAAAUUCCAUUCGUGCCAGGCGCGGUGGCUCAUGCCUGUAAUCCUAGCUCUCUGGGAGGCCGAGGCAGGCAGAUUGCUCAA